CCUUCUUUUCUCCUAAAAUAUGCAAUGCUACUUGCACACAUGGGAUAGGGGGAUUUCUAUACAAAAUCUAUUAGUAUGUUCAAGGAGAAUGAGAGGUGAGGGUGAGAGGCAUCAGAGUUCACUCUAACUAACUAAAACCCUCUGAUGUUAAUUCGGAGAGGUUUCAAGACCUUUCAAUGUGUUGAAUAAAAUAGAAAGACGAUGGAAUGAAUCCUCAGAAUGAGGUUUGUAUCUAGGUAUGCUAGCCGUAUACGGCGCAUUUGUGGUCCUCAGUAGCUUUCCAGUCAAUCCAAGCUUGGCCCUUGGAGUAGAGCAAGGAGUAAGGGAUGAUUUUCUGCUCCUUGAGAUUUUUGGAAGAGUUUUGAUAAAGGAAAGAGUUAUUUUCCUAUCGUAUAUUUGUACCACCGAUUCGAAAAUAUGCUUUUGCUUUUGCAAGAACUUACAGCAUCUAAGAGUAAAACGGUGAAAAAAAUAUUUUAAGUUUAAUCAGUAUGGUUUAGCUAGUUAAAUUCUUAGGAUUCUAGAAGGGAAAGCAACAAAUAUGUACAGGAUAGGGGUAGUGAAAGGUCGAGUUGUCACGGUCAGUUCGGGUGACUUGGUAAGGGCUGAAUGGUUCGGCUGAAAUCAGACGUUGUCUACCUCAUAAUGGUCCAGGUCAACAAUGUUGUCGAGCUGCCUCCAAGCGACGCUUGAGAAGGACAAUUUCAAGGACUUGGUUCUUUCCUUCACAUUGGGGAAUUCAAGUCAAGCUAAUGUAAGCAUCACAGUAGAUUUUGUCUUUGAAAUCUCGAUUCAAUCACGUCGAAGUUCAAACUUAGCUAGCUAGCUAGCAUUUCAAAUGUUCAAAACUUAAAGCUUUGUUAACUAGUGACGACUAGUAAUUGUUUAGUCAAAUUAAUAUCAAUUUAUUAA